AUGCUCGACAUUAACCUCUUCCGCACCGACAAGGGGGGCAACCUGGAGCUCAUCCGCGAGUGGCAGCGCAGUCGCUUCGCCACCGUCGAGCUCGUCGACGAGGUCAUCGCCCUCGAUAGGGCAUGGCGCAACAGGCAGUUCGAGCUGAACAAGAUCAGGCAGGAGCUCAACGCCACCAGCAAGAAGAUCGGCAAGCUGAAGGCUGCCAAGCAAGAAGAGGAAGCGAAGAAGCUGAUGGAGAACACGAACAAGAUCAAGGACAGGUUGGCUGCCAAGGAAGCUCAGGUGCAGAAGGCCAAGAGCACCCUCGACGCCAAGCUCACGACUAUUGGCAACAUCGUGCAUGAAUCCGUUCCCAUCAGCGACGACGAGGCAAACAAUGCAAUUGUACGGACAUGGGGGUGA